AAGACACCGAUCGAUAAACAUUAAGUUUCCCAAGUUUUUGUUGGAGUAGCAGCUGGGCACAAGGUCCAUUAUUGGCACGAAGCUAGCAGCAGAGGAGAAGAAUCAGAAUUUAGAAGGCAUGGCUGAAGGAAGAAGCGAAGAAGACAAAGACGACAGAACCAUGAAGCGCCUUCUUCUCACGACAAACUGUCUCUUACUCACCAUCGGCACCUCCGGUGGGCCCCUCGUCAUGCGUCUCUACUUCCUCCACGGCGGCCACCGCGUCUGGCUCUCCAGCUUCCUCGAAACCGCUGGCUUCCCCCUCAUGCUCCUCCCCCUCGCCGUCUCCUACCUCCGCCGACGUCGCACCGCCUCCGCCGCCGGAACCGCCAAACCGAAAUUAAUCUCAAUGAAGCCUCCUCUCCUCGCCGCCUCCACCUUCAUCGGAAUUCUCACCGGCCUCGACGACUACCUCUACGCCUACGGCGUGGCGAGGCUUCCGGUCUCCACUUCCGCCCUCAUCAUCGCAACGCAACUCGGCUUCACCGCGUUCUUCGCUUUCCUUCUCGUGAGGCAGAAGUUCACCGCGUACUCCAUAAACGCCGUCGUUAUGCUCACUGUCGGCGCUGGCGUUUUGGCGCUUCACACCAGCGGAGACCGGCCCCCUGGCGAGUCCGUUAAGGAAUAUGUUAUGGGCUUUGUCAUGACAGUUAUCGCUGCGGCAUUGUAUGGGUUCGUUUUACCCUUGAUCGAGUUGGUGUACCAAAAAAUCAAACAGCCUCUUACUUACUCUCUUGUCAUGGAGAUUCAGUUCGUUAUGUGCUUCUCGGCAACGCUAUUUUGCCUCCUUGGAAUGAUCAUAAAUAACGACUUUAAGGUGAUUCCGAGGGAAGCAAAACAAUUUGAGCACGGGGAAGGAAGUUACUAUGCUGUUUUGGUGGGGAGUGCAAUAAUAUGGCAGGCUUUUUUCUUGGGAGCGAUUGGGGUUAUAUUUUGUGCCUCGUCUUUGUUUUCUGGUAUUUUGAUUGCGGUGUUGCUACCUGUAACCGAAGUGUUGGCGGUUAUUUUCUACAAAGAAAAGUUUCAAGCCGAAAAAGGGGUUUCUCUGUUGCUCUCGCUUUGGGGCAUGGUGUCCUACUUCUAUGGGGAGAUUAAACAUUCUAGAAAAAGGAAGAAGAAGAACAGUGACCCUGAGGCAGAACCGUCUCAGUAUUCGUGAUUGAUUGUUGCAAAUUGAAAUUAAUUGGCAAUGCAGUGGGUUAGUGUGAUUGAAUUUGGGUUUGAAAUUUAAAUUGCUUGGGCAGGUCGAAAAUGGCCGAGUUGCAAUUCCAUGGAUAGGAAUCAUUUCAUUCACAUUAAUAUUAUACAUGCAUGCGCGAUAACAUUUUGUUUAAAUCAAAUCAAAUCAAAUCAUAAGGAGCGUGAUAGGAUAGAUUCUUGGAUUUAUAUAUAUGGUUGUGGUUUCGUCAAUAAAUAUGUGUGUUGUCAAACCAGUUAUUAUCAAAUAAGAAUCCUAUUCUGUUCAAGCUCAA